GUGCUCCGUAUUUCCUUUCCGCCGCAGUGUGCUAGCACCUAGCCUCGCCUGUCCAUGAGUAGUUUUUAGACAUGAUGAGCGGCAAGACGAGUGCGAUGGUCGCCGGGAUGUGCGGCGCCCUGUUCGUCGCAUACUGUAUUUAUUUUGACCGGAAAAGAAGGAGCGACCCUUUGUUUAAGGAAAAGCUUCGUGAACGUAGGCGAAAGCAAAAAACAUCAAGUGAGAAGUCUGGGAUGGCAAAGCUGCCUGACCUGAAGGACCCAGAAGCUGUUCAGAAGUUCUUUUUGGAAGAAAUCCAGCAGGGAGAGGAGCUGCUGUCCCAAGGUGAAUUUGAGAAAGGCGUCGACCACCUGACUAAUGCCAUCGCAGUGUGCGGUCAGCCUCAGCAGCUGCUGCAGGUCCUCCAGCAGACGUUGCCUCCUCCUGUCUUCCAGAUGUUGCUCACCAAACUCCCCACAAUCAGCCAGAGAAUCAUCAGCUCCCAGGCUUUAUCAGAGGAUGACGUGGAAUGAAUGCAUAAAGGAGAGGGAGACAGAAAACUGCUUUUACUUCUCCUUGAAAGGGUUUAACAGUGAUUAUUGCAGCAUCAUUAAUAUUAGGGACUGUUGUGACUUAUCAGCCCAAAUAUGGCCGACUUUCUGAUGUUCUGGAGUUAAAUUGAACUCAAUGGUUCAUUCCACCUUCCUCCCAUGAGAUAUUGUGUUUUCUAGUAAUUUUGUUUGUUUUCCCUCAUUCUUUUUUUUUUGUUUUGUUUUUGUUAAGCAUCAUGGCAAUAUUAAUAUAUUAUAUUAACAUAGUUUGUCUGUUGCUGUGAGUAUGACAUUAAAAUUGUCUUCAGGAAGAAGAAAAAACAGAAAAAGUUGUUCAGUUGUGUAUAAAUGCAUUUGCAUUGUUGGUUUAAUGUUGUUUUUAUAUUCUAGGCUGUCACCUACUCGUGUAAAACUCCAUAAUAAAACAUUAAACCAUU